UUGGAAGCAGACAUGCAGACAGCCGACCACUGCGAAAGUGUUGCGCGCGGGACGGACUGGCUGUAGCCCACACCACUCCUCCUCUGUCCGAGGGAAGACCCCCAAAACCUUUUGCCGUGAUGCGCUGCUCCCACUCAUCUCAACCGACAAUGUGAAAAAAACAAAACAGACGGAAACGAUUGUCAGAUGUUUAAAGUCAUCGUCGCUUCAUUGUGCUCGAGUGCCGCCUAUACCUCCAACAGCAUCACACAGUUCACGCAGUCGGGGCUACAGUACAGGCUGUCCACGGGGAUACCUGGUGGGAGAUGCGGCAAUGUCCCGAGGAUUGUGCCCACGCGUAAACUCUUCUUGCGGGUCCGCAUGGAUUCUGUCCGCGCUCGUGCUUGCGGUGAACGUGAUCGGCGCGGACGCGUACAGCUGUCAUGAAGUGAGGACCGCUUUCCAGCUGCGGCAGGUCGGGCCGCCGAACCGCGUGCCGGAGACACCUGGCAGAGAUGUGGAUCUGUUGGUUUGUAAGCACCAGGGUCCGUCGUGCUGCACCCGGAAGAUGGAGGAGAGCUACCAGCUGGCUGUGAAAAGGGAAACCCUCCACAACAUUCAGUCGUACAGCUACGAGCUGGAGCACCUCAUCUCCGGCCACUCGGAUGCCUUCCAGGACAUGUUCCAGUACCUUCUAUCCUUCUCUCAGGGCCACAUGAGUUCUCUGUUGGAGGGAACCUACUCCUCCGUGUCCCACCAAGCCCUCCCCCACGUCAACCAGCUCUUCUCCUCCCUCUCCCUCUACCUCCGCGGGGCCAACGUCUCCGUCGAGGCCUCAAUCCACCACUUUUUCAACGACCUCUUCCCGCUCGUCUACACGCGGCUCAUCAAUCCAGGGCUAGAAAGCAGCAUGACGAUGGGCAGCGAAAUGGACGACUGUCUCCGCAUGAUCAGGCAGGACGUCAACCCCUUCGGGCCUCAUCCAGCCGUCAUGGCCCAGGAGCUGACCGGGGCACUGGGAGCCGGGAGACAACUGGGCCUGGCCCUGGAGGAGGGUCUGGAAGUGAUGAACGCCACCGAACACGUCGGCAUGAGCAAAGAGUGCGUGAAGGGCCUGGUGAAGAUGGUGUACUGCUCUCACUGCAGAGGUUUGACGCUCAUCAAGCCCUGCGUGGGCUACUGUCUGAACGUGAUGCGAGGCUGCCUGGCCAGCGUGUCCGAGCUGGAUCAGCCUUGGAGGCGGUACACCAGCCUGUUGGAGCAGCUAACCCACGCCAUGGCCGGGCAUCACAGUCUGGAACUAGCCCUGCUUGGGGUCAGGGGGCACGUUACUGAGGCUCUGCUCUACGCACAGCUCCAUGGUCCACUCAUUACAGCCACAGUGGACAAGGUGUGUGGCCUGUCUACUAGGGAGCCUACAAGCAUGCAACCUACCAGCCCAGAGGUCACAACCUCGACCGUGACCUCCUCCUCUCUUCCUCCAUCUGCCGCCCCGUCCCAACCUCUACCAGAGCAGUGGCUGGGGCAGUUGGCCCACUUGAGGAGCUCGUUCCCCCUGAAACCCUCCAAGAACAAUAAACAUAGUCUGAGAACACUCUCUAGGGAGUUCUUGAUGUACCUGCAGCGCUACAAGUCGUUCUUUGCCGCGCUGCCAGAGAUGCUGUGCGAAGGGGAGAACGUAGUGGACGACUCCACGUGCUGGAGCGGAGACGACGUGGUGGAGAGCUAUACUGGCAGAGUUGUAGGAAAUGGUCUACACGCCCAGAGGCAAAACCCGGAGGUCAAAGUUCGCAGCCCAAACCCUACACUGGCUGAGGUCAAGGAGAGGUUGGAGCUCUUCAACCAGGAGACCCAGGAGAGGUUUCCAAAACUGGGCCAGAUGGAGGCCUGGGAUGAGCUGGGCAGUGGGGAAAUAGAGGAGGGCAGCACCACAGACUGUGAUGAUGAAGAUGGAUGUCAAGCCUCAGGAGACGGUCAAGACCAGACCUCACAUACAGACGUCUCAAGUGAAGGAAAGUCCAUUGGGAGACAGCCCGGCAGUGACAGCCCACAUGAGAACCCUUCCAAGCCCCCCUCAGUGAAGGUGAUAGGGGGCUCGCCGUCCGCCAGCUGGGCACGGCCCUGGAGCCUUGCACUGCUCUUUGCUGCACUUUGCCUGCAGUGGACCCUGUUCUGAUGCCAGCGCACCCUCCGUGAAUCCCCCACUGCCCCCCUUUCUAGGAACCACACACAUGCACAGAGACACUCAUAUCAUUUACAUAUCCAGCAUAGCAUCCUUACUCCUGUCUUCAACGUGCUUGGAUUGGAUGGUAAUGCUGGACGAAAUGAACUGGCAAGCAAGACAAGGCGUGGAAGAGAAGAGGGACAACGUUGUAGGAGACUGUAGAUGGGGGGGGGGGGCUCUCGCAGGAACCUGUUGUCUUGCAGCAUCACCAAUGUGGUGGUUUUCACAAGCUAAUCUUAUGCACGCUCACCUACAAAGAUUAGGCCGCUACUUCUAGGCUGUUUCGGUGCUAGACGUUUGCAUAUACAGACACCAGUGCAGCCCCACCGCUCGCACACAAGCAUACCCUUUGAGGCUUAGAACGGGACCUUUACUUAAAAGCGCUUACACAUUUACAGACUCACGUACACGUUUACCCAUGAACAGUACAAAUACAGCCAUCUUCUUUUUCUGCGGUUGGCUUUUACUUAUCCUUUGAGGCUAAACAAAAAAAAAAAAAAGACUCAUCACGGCCACUGCACCAUUUGCCAGUCAUGCAGAAGAAUUCAGCUCAUUUGAAAACUCUACUCAUUUUAUAUUCGAGGAUUAAGGAAUGCAUGAUAGAUUGAUAGAUCGAUUCCCAGGUGCCUGGCCCAGAACAGCAGAUUUGAUGUACUCUAAUGACUGCGUACCCUGGCGGGGAUUAGAAUGUAAUGAGUUCACAGGUAGAGCACUGGCACGGCUGAACACAUUGCGCAAAGAAACUAGGUGUGUAUAGUGUGUAACUGUAUAUAAGUGGAAGAAUUUGAUGGAGUGUAUGAGGUUCUGAUUCAACAAAAAGCUCUUAAUUGAUUGAGCUGAAUGGCGUUUUCUUUUCCCUUUGCUAUGAAUGGACUGUGCUUGUCUGCUCCAUACUACAUAUAAAAAAACUGUAGAGAUUUAAUUUCUGUAAAAAAAUAAAGCGGGAAUGCACAUCAUUUUUCCAAAUUAAGCCAUUGACAUAAAUGGAUACAUUUUGGGUGUUUGAACAAAGCCUGUACAUUGUUGAUUUUACUAAUGUUUAUUGUGCAUCCAGUUUUGUGUGUUUGCUCGUUGAAUUGCACAUUAAUGCAUGUAUGACCUACCAAGUUAUCAUAAUUAUUAUGGUAGGAUCAGGCUUUUCUCCGGGAAGCCUCAAAAGCGUUUUUCAGUACAUCUUACAGGACAUCAGGUUUUCUCUUCCUCACUCAAAUGAUGGCUUGGUACUUGAAAUCAUAAGGAAAGUUGGGCUGCAGAUUCAUCACAAGCAGAUUCAAAUACAAUUCAACACACACACACAAAGACAUGUCGAAUGUUUCUUUUUUCAAAGUUGGUUGCAUCUAUUGUCCAGUAUAUUGGUAGCCCUUGUGCAAGUCCCUUUUCAUGAAUUUGUCAUACAUUUUGCCAAAUAAGCUCUAAUGUCUCUUCACUCACUCUUAAGCAGACCAUUCCUUUGAAUUCCAUCAGAAUAAAAGCAAACCCUUCUUUGUUUUAAAUGAUUCCUCAUGGGGAGGUUCAACAAAGGUGUAACUGCUGCAAUGGCU